GUGAAGAUGGGAUGGGUACCAGUCUAAAAUGAAGAAAAUAAUUAACUAGAAUCACAAAAUACUAGGACUGUAAACUCUGAUUCAAGCAGAGGAUGUUAACCUCGGUUUCCCAAGGGCAAAUCUAAUUGUGAUUUCUUUUUAAAAGCCAGAUUAUUUCACAAGGACCUUCUAAUGGGAUGUUUUCAUUUCUUUCCUAGGGAAAAAAACCCAUUGUUUUUACUAAAAGCUUUCUUUCAAGUGGUUGACUGCUUUUCAAAGAUUCCAGAAUCUGGAUGGCACUUGACUUAAGUCUGCAGGGUAGUGGAGGUGGCCCUGGCACAGAUCCCAAUCAAACUCUGGGUUUGAGCUGAGUGGUGUUGGUACAAUUGUGUUGAUGCCAACACAUGCUGCGCUUGGCUUGAAAAAACAUGCUAACCAUGAAAGCUGUAGGCAGUAUGAAUAGCGCCUUCAUAAACAUAAACAUAAAAUACCCAUUUUUCCUUUAAAAGAAAGUGUCUGCCACUACUGUUAGUACUAAGUAAACUUUUAAGGUAGCUAAAUUAACAUGAGUAGAUUGAGAGAUUCAGUGUAUCAGUAUGGUAUAUACUUUAAAUUUUUUCUGUUUCAUUUUUAUUACUUUCUUGAACAGAAACACCGUGCUGGACAGCCAGCGUCAACAAAAGCAUUAUGGAAUUACCUCUCCAAUUAGUUUGGCAUCUCCUAAAGAAAUUGAUCAUAUUUACACACAGAAAUUAAUUGACGCCAUGAAACCAUUUGGAGUGUUUGAAGAUGAGGAAGAAUUGAACCACAGGCUGGUGGUUCUUGGUAAAUUGAACAAUUUAGUAAAAGAAUGGAUUUCUGAUGUCAGUGAGAGUAAGAACCUCCCACCUUCUGUUGUGGCUACUGUUGGUGGUAAAAUUUUCACGUUUGGAUCCUAUAGGCUUGGAGUACACACCAAAGGAGCUGACAUUGAUGCACUUUGUGUAGCUCCAAGACACGUGGAAAGAUCUGAUUUUUUUCAGUCUUUUUUUGAAAAAUUGAAACAUCAAGAUGGCAUUAGAAACUUAAGAGCUGUAGAAGAUGCCUUUGUACCUGUUAUAAAAUUUGAAUUUGAUGGUAUUGAAAUUGAUCUAGUCUUUGCAAGACUGGCAAUACAAACCAUAUCAGAUAAUUUAGAUCUAAGAGACGACUCUCGCCUGAGAAGCCUUGAUAUAAGGUGUAUUCGCAGCUUAAAUGGUUGUAGAGUUACUGAUGAAAUUUUGCAUUUAGUGCCAAAUAAAGAAACUUUUAGACUCACCCUAAGAGCUGUCAAAUUAUGGGCAAAACGACGUGGUAUUUAUUCCAACAUGCUAGGAUUCCUUGGUGGUGUCUCCUGGGCAAUGCUAGUUGCAAGAACUUGCCAGUUGUAUCCAAAUGCAGCAGCAUCUACUUUAGUUCAUAAGUUCUUUUUAGUUUUUUCCAAGUGGGAAUGGCCAAAUCCUGUGCUGCUGAAGCAACCAGAAGAAAGCAAUUUGAAUUUGCCUGUCUGGGAUCCUCGGGUAAAUCCAUCAGAUAGGUAUCAUCUCAUGCCCAUAAUCACCCCUGCCUACCCACAACAGAAUUCUACGUAUAAUGUGUCCACAUCAACUCGAACAGUAAUGGUAGAAGAAUUUAAACAAGGUCUUGCAGUCACAGGUGAAAUUCUUCAAGGAAAAUCAGAUUGGUCCAAACUACUUGAGCCACCGAAUUUCUUUCAAAAGUAUAGACAUUAUAUAGUAUUGACUGCCAGCGCAUCAACAGAAGAAAACCAUCUAGAGUGGGUUGGAUUAGUAGAAUCUAAAAUCCGUGUACUUGUUGGAAACUUGGAACGGAAUGAAUUUAUUACUCUUGCCCAUGUGAAUCCCCAGUCAUUCCCAGGGAAUAAGGAACAUCAUAAAGACAACAAUUACGUAUCAAUGUGGUUCCUUGGGAUAAUUUUUCGGAGAGUAGAAAAUGCAGAAAGUGUCAACAUAGACUUGACAUAUGAUAUACAGUCAUUUACUGAUACAGUGUACAGACAGGCAAACAAUAUAAAUAUGCUAAAGGAGGGAAUGAAAAUUGAAGCAACUCAUGUAAAGAAAAAACAACUUCACCACUACCUUCCUGCAGAAAUUCUUCAAAAGAAGAAAAAGCAAAGUCUUUCUGAUGUCAAUCGAAGCUCGGGCGGACUUCAAUCCAAAAGAUCGUCUCUGGAUAGCAGUUGUCUGGAUAGCUCCAGAGACACUGAUAAUGGAACACCUUUUAAUUCUCCAGUGUCCAAGUCUGAUAGCCCUUCUGCAGGAGAAACAGAAAGGAAUAGUGCUGAGCCUGCUGCUGUAAUUGUGGAGAAGCCACUGAGUGUACCACCAGCCCAAGGACUUUCCAUUCCAGUCAUUGGCGCAAAAGUUGACUCUACAGUAAAAGCUGUAUCACCCCCCGCUGUGUGUACCAUUCCUACCGUAGUAGGACGAAAUGUCAUUCCUAGAAUCCCAACACCUCACAACCCUGCCCAGGGACAACCGCAUCUGAAUGGAAUGUCAAAUAUAACUAAGACUGUUACACCCAAGAGAUCCCAUUCCCCAUCCAUAGAUGGGACUCCUAAGAGAUUGAAAGACGUAGAAAAGUUUAUUCGACUUGAAUCAACAUUUAAGGACCCCCGCACUGCUGAAGAAAGAAAAAGAAAAUCAGUGGAUGCCAUUGGAGGAGAAUCUAUGCCUAUUCCAACUAUUGAUACAUCACGCAAAAAGAGACUACCCAGUAAAGAACUACCAGAUUCAUCAUCUCCAGUUCCAGCAAAUAACAUCCGUGUCAUCAAAAAUUCCAUUCGACUGACCCUUAAUCGGUAAAAGCAGUGCCUCCUCACUUAAGUGAACAAGCAAUCAUUUAGUGGCAUAGAUGCAGCCACUUGUUUUUAAAUAGAAGUGGCUGUCAUACGUGAAAUAAGGUGAAGGUUACAGCCUUCAGCCUAAUAACCUUGAAGUGGUUUUUGAACUGUCAAACUUUGACCUGCAGAUGCUGUAGCAUUCUCACUGAUUGCUACAUACACUUCUCUGAGGAUCACCUGCUGUCAAAUUGCCAUCUACAGUAUUACAGCUUUGCAUUUGGGGGUUUUACUGCCUUAACUUUCAAUGCUUGUUAUGGGAACCAGUUCUUAGCCACUUGGACACUGAUAACAAGUCCUGAACUCCUUUUUUUGUUUUUUGUUUUUUGUUUUUUUUGUCUUAUGUUGUAAUCAUUGUAUAGAGCUAAAAAAAAUUGAAAACAAAAAAAUUGCCUUGUAUUUUCCAAAUGUUAAUACAUUUACUUUAGCAUUGAAGCCACUUUGUGAAACCUGAGAUAAAUGAAUGUGAGGUAUCUUUUCUGCUUUCCUCAUUUGUGUAGAUGUACUGUCUGUUCUGUUGAUUUAAAUUAUUUUUUUCCAGAUUGGCACAUGAAAUAUUUAAACUUUUUUGUGUGCCUUUCUGUCCAAAUGUUGCAUAGUUACCAGGGAAGAUUAGUCCAGUGAUUACAUAAGAGUUGGGCACCAUAAAUUCUCUAUAUUUUGCCUCCCAUGGAGGCCUUUGAAAUGCAUCUUUAUUAAAAAUCAAAAUAUAACCAGGAUACUGAAAGUCAGUAUAUGAAUGGUAAAAUUGUUACAUAUCCUAUUUCAUGCCAUUCUUGUUAGUUGACUGGUAUUUUUUACUGAGGAGCAACUCAUUCCAGCUUCAACAAUAAGAUAACCUUUAAGUAUGACAAACUUGUAUUUUUGAGGUGUAAAAUUAACUUGGCAUGAUAGUUCCUGACCAUUAUUUGCCCCACAACUUCAAAUAGUUUCUUCACGGACUAGGCAUGCAGAAAUAAGCAGUGGAUUUUAUUGAAACCUAAAGGCAUUUUGAAUGACAUUGUUACCAACCAUUAAUUGGCUCAGGACCUUUGUAAUUUUUAUUUAACUAUAUGAGUUGUCUUUUUUUACGCUGCUUUUUUCAAUGCAUUUCUUAAUAUUUUUUAAGUUUCAUGAAUGCAUGCUCAGUUUAUUAAAAUCCAUAACCAUGUAAUUCUUGUAAUAUGUUGAUUCAGUGUUUUGUAAAUGAAGUCGUAUGUAUUUUCAGAGUAUUUUUGUAUGUACUGUAAGAUACCAUCUUUUCAAAGAGAAACGUUUAAAACCUUUA